GUCGACGAGGUGGCUUGGGUUGUGGUUGUGGCGAAAAUACAAUGGAGUGGAAUCAGCAGAAUUAAUAGUGUAUUUAAGUUUCAAGCAAAGUAGAAAUGGAGUCUCUUACUAUAAAUCAGAUUUGUCGGACUUGUAAGUGUGUGGCUCCCCACAUGCGAUCUCUUUUUGAGGGAUAUGAAAAUCCACAUCAAAGUCCCCGUAUUGACGAGAUGCUAAUGGCUUGUGCCUCUGUUCAGGUGACAUGUGGAGACGGUUUGCCGACACUAAUGUGUCAAAUGUGUGUGGAACAACUAAAAAAUGCCUAUCUCUUCAAGCGGCAGGCCGAAAAAAUAGAUGUAAGCUUAAGGGAAUAUGCAAAAACGAUCAAAGUAAAUGAAAUCAAAGAGGAGCUCCAGAAUUCGGAGUUUAUGGAAUCCCUGAAUACGCUGAACAACCUACUCAGUGAAGAGUCCACUUCGAAGGAUGGGGGCACCGAAGGCCAGCCACAACCAGCGCCUAAGAUUGAAACUGACUACAUCCAGAUUAUGGAUAAUAAUCAGAUGCUGCUUACUUGUCGUGAAUGUGCAAAGAUAUUCACAACUUUGGAAGGUUUGCGGUGCCACAAGCGCAUCCACUCGGGCGGCAUGUACAAGUGCAAGCAGUGCGACAAAGAGUACACGCGGCUCAACCACCUGCAGCGCCACGAGCAGUCGCACAACAGGCGCAAAGUCCAUGUGUGCCGGAUCUGCAGCAAGACGUUGACCAGGAUGGAGCAUUUGAAGAGGCAUCUGGUGACGCACUUGCGCGAGAAGCCGUUCUCGUGCAAGACGUGCAACAGGGGCUUCAACAGGAUCGAGCAUCUGCAUAAUCAUGCUCCGCGGUGUAAAGGCGACACCGUCUAUCCGUGCGACAUCUGCAACAAGGCGUUCAACCGCGAGGACAGCUUGGAGGUGCACAAGAAGAUGCACGACAACAAAGCGCCCAAGCUGCCGACCAUCGAGAGCCUGGACAACAUCGAGGACCACUACUACCAGAUCGACCAGGACAUCAACGACGAGGCUGCGUUCUCCGAUCACGACGACGAGGAGGUCGACGACUGCUUCGAGCCGCAGGUGGAGGUGACCGAAAGCGUCGAGGAGGAAAAGAUUGAGAUUGUUGCUGACAUCAACACCAAAGAUGAUGACAGCAAUGUCAGUGAUGGAUCCUUAGGAGGAGAUAUGGAUGAUAUGAACGAUAUGAUGGACAGCGACGAUGAAGCAAAAGAAGAUAAUGAAGACAGCAUGGACAAGGGACUCGAUGAAAUCAUCGAGAAUGAAGAAGAUGAGGAGGAGGAAGAGAUGGACAAGAAGGAUGUCAAAGUGGAAGAAGGUGCUGUAGCAAUGGCAAAUGAGGAUGUGGAUGAGUUGGUUAGAGAGGCUAUCGCCGAGGCUGAAGCCGCCGACGUAUCGGACAAGGACAGCGACGACAGCGACUACGUGCCGAAGAAGACGUCGCCCAAGGGCAAACGCGGCCGCGGCAGGCCGCGCAAGAACCCCGAGGCGCCGCGCAAGCCGAAGAAGACGAAGGUGCCGGGCAGGGGCAGAGGUCGGCCGCCCUCCGCCAAGACGUUCGUCAAGAAGGAGAAGGAGGAGGAGGAGUACGGCGACUUUCCCUGUCCGAUCUGCGGCGAGAUGUGCCACUCGCUGAUGCAGCUGGACCGGCACGCCAGGAUCAAGCACGAAGGGAUGAAGGUUCACAAAUGCAACGUCUGCAACAAAGAAUUCUCUAGAGCCAACCACCUGAAACGUCACGUCACCUCGCACUCGACCAUCAAACCUUUCCGAUGCGGCGUGUGCACAAAGAGCUUCAACAGGCGCGAUCACCUCAACCAACACCAAAAGUUGCAUCAGCGGCACAAUGACUUUGAGUGUGACGUGUGUCAAAAGCCGUUCAACAGGGCCGACCAUCUCGCUAAGCACAAAGCGUCCAAGCAUGGAAUCGGUGAAAAGAUUUGUAUAAUGGGAGAGAAGAAAUACGAGUGUCCACUAUGUCACAAAUGCUUCACCACCGAAAAAUACAGGGACGUCCACGUGAGCGGUCACAACGGCCAGAAAGAGUACUGCUGCAAGGUGUGCGAGAAGACUUUCCUUUCGAAGUCGCACCUCACGGAACACAUGAAAUUCCAUAACGAACAUUCCAAGAAGUUCUUGUGCUCGGAGUGCGGCCAGCGCUUCAUCAGGAACGAUUAUCUCGUCAUUCAUAUGAGGAGGCAUCGCGGCGAGAAGCCGUUCAAAUGCAAAUUCUGCGGAAAAGGAUUCCCGAGAACCACCGAUUUGACGGUACACGAGCGGUACCACACGGGAGAGAAAACUCAUCUCUGUACGAUUUGUGGCAGAGGAUUCGGAAGGGCCUACAAUCUAACGGUCCAUAUGAGAACUCACACAGGAGAGAAACCGUACCAGUGCACCUACUGUGACGCCGCUUUCGCACAGGGCAACGAUCUGAAGGCCCACGUCAGGCGGCACACCGGCGAGAGGUUCCAAUGCGAACUGUGCACGGAGAGCUUCCUCAUGGGUUAUCUGUUGACGCAGCAUAAGAGAACAGUCCACGGUUUGAACGUAGUGAGCAACAUACGACGUCUGCAGCCCGUCCACAAGACGGAGAACCCCGACGACCCGCCGCCCAUCACGAUCCCGCUACCCAAACCUGUCAUCCCCGAGAACGUCAUGUUCAACGCGCUGCACGCGAACGCCGCUAUGCACGCGAACGCGUUCCACGCGCAACUGGCGGUCGCCCAGCUGCACUUGGCCCGGGAAUGAAUGAUGUGUUGAGCGAUAUGACUUGCCUUUGUAUAUACCACAGAAGAUAUGAUUACUAGUAGAUGGUUUAAUAUUAUUAGUAAUGAUCAAUAUUAUCCCUACCAUAAUGAUUAUGGUAAUGUAAGUUUUAAAUGUACUAAUUAGAUGAGUUAAAAAUCGAUGUAAUUACUGUGCAGUGGGGGUAUUAAAGGUCUCAAGAAAUCUCACUUUAGUCUUUCAUCAUUUUAUAAUUUCUUAUGUCAUCAUUUAUGUUACAGUGAAAGUUGUCAAUUUAGUAGAUAAUUGCAUCACUAUGUUGAACGUUAUAUUAUAGUGAAAGUGGUCAUAGAUAUUUUUACUAGCAAAUGUAUACAAUUACUAAAUUUUACACUUUUAGCUUAGCUGGAUACUUUAGCUACCUAGAUAUCAGCAGAAAAAUAUUUCUUAAAAUCAUUGAAAUGAUGUCGAAUUCUUUGUAUGUUUCUAUGUUUGUUGAUGUUUCAUAUUUUUCAUUGAAAUUGGAAGAAUCCGACCCUAUGUAAUUAUGUGAUCAUUAUACUUCCCACCUUGAAAUGAAUCAUUUUUAUCUUCAUCAAUCAAAUAAUGAUCACAUAUAUUAUCAACUCAGGGCUACCUAAUCAAUGUGUGUUGAUAUUUUUUACAAUCACGUUUGUACAUAAAAUUUCAUUUAUUUUUUGACUUCAUGAACUAUUUUUUUAUUAUUGAUCAAAUUCAAUCCCCUAGGGAAUCGCAGAUAUUUUUACCAAAAGAUCUUUCAAUGUCAUUUCAAGAAUCGCUAUACAUACUGUAGGUAUUUAUGAAACAAUAAAAUUCUCUAUCCUCCAUGCCAUACAGAUUAUUUUCCAUCAUCCUGUUCUUCAGAAAUGAAUAUACAACCUUGAAGAAGAACAUUCAGUCAGAAAACAAAAUUUCAAGUAUCUAUUAUAAUCAUGUCUUGGCACAACUAGGUGAAUGAGUAAUACAAAUGUACAGGAUUGAGUUUUAUAUUUUUCGAAAAUGGCUGUUGAUGAAGAUGAAAUAUGUUGACUUCAUGACAUUAAUAAAAAGUGAAUUUGCCUCCAUAUGCGCGUAAGACUCCAAUAGUUUUUCUAAUUUAGCACUAUUAGAAUGAAGUUGUAGAAAAAAAGGUAUUCGCGAAUAAUUGACGAUCACCAAAGUUUCAUGACAUACAAUAAUUCAGAAAUGGUUGUGUAUUUUCAACCUUAUUGAAUUUGUUUCAUAUUCCAUCCACAAUAUGCAUUGUGGGCCACAUAUAUUUUGCCAUGACAUCAAUUAUUGUUUAAUGAAUAUAGGGUGUCACAAGUUUACUUCUUAGUAUGCAAGAGCGUCGCCAGUAAAAUUUCGGGGGGGGGGGCUGAAAUUAUACUUGAUUAUGCUAUACAGUGUGUUCAGCCUUGCUUGCUGAAAGACAAAUUUCGAACAUGAUUUCAGAUAAAAAAUCUACUAUGCCUGGAAAUUUUUGAAAACGCCUAUUUUUUUCUGUGAAUAGCCUGUUUUGUAACAAUAGUUGUUCAGGAUAACAUCUAACCAAAGUACCGAAUUUCAUAAUUCUAUCAAAUCUUCUGAUCAAGUUGUUGACAUAUGUGUUAUUAAAAACCUUUGAAACAAUGAAACAAUUUCAAACAGUUCAAUAAUCGUUAUCGACUAUGCUUCCAUCAU